CGUUAUAUUGUCCGGAAGGUUUAGCCAAUUUUCCCACAAAUUCCCUGCCACAUCUUUCAUGCAUCAUACUGGGAGUCGUCAGAUGUUAUAGCCUUUAUUCUCAGACAGCUGGUAAGAACUGAUCAUGCUGGUCAAAUGGCAGAUGAGAAGGAUUUACCUGUAUUCUCCCCAACACAGCCGAGAGAAAAAUGGAUUAAGAAGAGAACCUCAGUAAAGAUCAAGAAUGUUGCAGCAAAUCAUAGAGGAAAUGAUGUGAUUGUUCGAGAAGGUGCUCCACAGUGUCUUCAGGCACGCUUCAUGUAUGGACCACUAGAUAUGGUUGCACUCUCAGGGGAAAAGGUGGACAUACAUAUUAUGUCUGAUCCACCUGGUGGUGACUGGCAGCAGAUCAGCACAGAAGUAACAGACAAAAAUGGGCGUAUCACUUUCACCAUUCCUCCUGAAAGAUCUCUCUUAUGUGGCAUGUAUCCAGUCAAAAUGGUUGUCAGAGGUGAUCACACCAGUGCUACUCUAUAUUUGACUGUUGUACCUCCCAAAACCGAAUGUGUUGUGUUCAGCAUUGAUGGUUCUUUUACUGCAUCUGUGUCUGUUACUGGGAGAGAUCCUAAAGUGAGAGCAGGAGCUGUUGAUGUUGAAGCCAUCAUGGAGCCAAAGAAAGUUGCAAGUGCCAGCCCUUCUGUAAAAAUGGCGAGAUACACAGAAUUCAAGAAAGAACUCUUAGCAAAGUGUUGGAGGAUGUCGUGUGCCGAUGACAGGAAGAAAAUGCCUACAAGUGUUGCUGUUAGUGAAUUUAAGGCCAGCAGAGGCUGGUUUGAAAAAUACAGAAAGUGA